AUGGUGUUUAUACGUUCUACUCCACCAAGAACCACUGUCGGGUCAGCACUCCCUUGCAAGAAUCUCAUGAUGGACAAGAUGUCCACGCCGGGCACCACAUCGCCGGAAAAUUCACUGACAAGAACGACGAUCACUCCGCAAGCGACUCCUACUCCUCCUCUGAAUGUCGAGCAAGCAUUCCCAAUGCAGUUCCAGAUGCCAUUUUUCGCAAAUCCGUUCAUGUCCCCGUUCAUGCCCCAACAAGGAAUCAUACCCGAUGGCUCAAACGUUGGCCCUGCCGCUGCUGGUACGACAGGCAUGCCGGCUUUUUUCUUCUCACCAGCUCAGUACCAAGAAAUGAUGCAACAAUACUUCACGCAAAUGAUGAGUGCAAAUCAAUAUGGCAUGAAUAUGGCUUUCCCAAUGCCGUUUGCUACUACUGUAGCCAGGCCAAGCAGUCAGGCGUCUCAGUUGGAAAGCGUCGGUGAAGCUGUAAACGGCAUCCAUGAACUUCAUCUUGCUUCUGCAUCAUCAGAUAGAGAGCUGGUUCCCCCUUCUGCUGCAUUUCAAUCGGACUCUCCUUCAUCAUUGUCGGAUAAAAAUUUCAUCGCAAAUGGAAAUGAAAGAGAUGCGUCAGAGUCGACAAGAAACAUCCGCGAAGGAACCGACGAGCGAAGCAGUGAAGAAAAUGAACUUGGCAAAUCAAAUGGAAUUGGCUCUGCUUCCGAGAAGGACCUGACGAGGAGUGACGGAGAAGAAUCGUCGGGAACACCGUUGAAAAAGUUGGAAAGGAAGACUUCUUUGCCCAUAGAAGAUGAGAGAACAACUAAUCUUAUUCGGAAACAGAUGAGCGAAAUCGAAAAGGAAAUAACGCGACGGUCACAAAAUAAAAAUAUCAAGAAGAUGGACGAUCGUGAGUUGGCAGAGUUGUUUGGCUCCUCUGCAGUCGCCACCAAUCUUACCUCAGCGGCUUCACUCUCAGCGUUGAACGAACAAGCUUCUUUCACACCAAACUUUCCAUCGGUAUCUACCGACUUACAGAGCGCUUUGUCCUACUCUCCAGCUACUGUCGACGCUAAACCAGCACCGAAGGAAACUUUGAGCCAACUGCGAUCCUCCUUCAAUCUUCCUGAACCAGGGACAUCCUCAGCGUCAACACAACAACCGCAAGUUCAGCAAGUAGCAACGAAUCCGAUACCAUUUGUGCCCCAACAGAUGGCUAUGCUCUCUCAUGGAAUGCCGCCUUCGCUACCGAAUCAACCUGUCAUUGGUACAAUGGCUCAAACCCUUCCUAUGGGUCAGCCGUUUGCACCUGGACAGCCAUUCAUGAGUUCUUUUCCACAUCCUCAGAUGCCUUACACCCCACAGUUCCACAGUGGAGGUCAAUCCAUUACCCAAGAACAGUUAGCAGCAGCAUUCGCACAAAAACAGCAGCAGCCUAUUCACGCACAGACUUUGUCGGCGCAAGGGAUAGUCCCGGAACCAGCAACCCCUGCGAGGACAUCUUCUGAACCAUCCCACAAUGUCCCGGCCCCAGCCGGAGCCGCAAUUGCCCCACCUCCGCCCCCAGCACGGCCUGUCAAUCGAAGGACCAGUCAGUCGACACAGUCUGGUUCGAACGAAUGGCCAGAUGAAAAUAAGGAGAAUGGAACAGCAGAGCAGCCUGUGUGGAUACUACGAGAAUCCUAUCUGAAGAAGAUGCAACAGGAGCAGAAAGAUCAGGAAGACGAGUGGAAUGGCGAUGCAGAUGCACCAGCCGCAGAGUCUGCGACAGCUGAAGUGCCGGCUGAAGAAGAUGAGAUGGAAACGGAUCGGCUUCUUCUCGGAGGAGCCAACGACUCCUCGCAGACGCCUCCAUCCACCGCCGGCCACGGAAAGAAAAAGAACAGCAAAGAAACAAUGGUACAUGAACCUGCAGUUCUCAUCGAGGGAGUGCUGUUUCGUGCUCGUUACCUUGGAUCGACGCAAAUGAUGUGCGAAAGCAGGGGAAGUAAGGCAGCGAGGAUGGCUCAAGCACAAGAAGCUGUUGCCAGAGUCAAGGCGCCGGAAGGUGAAAUUCAGCCCAGCACAGAAAUUGAUCUAUUCAUAUCUACAGAGAAAAUCAUGGUUUUAAACACCGAUCUGCAGCGAAUUUCCGACACCGAUGUUCGACAGGAUAUUUUGAUGGACCACGCUCUGCGUACAAUAUCUUACAUUGCUGAUAUUGGCGACCUUGUUGUCUUAAUGGCUAGAAGAAUGUCAGCUAGUAGCAGCGACGAGCAUUGCAAUCAGGUUGAUGGUGUUCGAAAGACUCCAAAGGUUAUAUGCCAUGUGUUUGAGUCUGACGAAGCCUCAUUCAUUGCGCAAUCAAUUGGUCAAGCUUUUCAGGUUGCUUAUGUGGAGUUCCUGCGUGCGAACGGCAUUGACGAUCCAUCCUAUCUCAGACAAAUUGACUAUCAGGAAGUGCUGAACUCACAAGAGCUGCUGGGAGACGAGUUGGAAAUGUUUGCCCGAAAAGAAACCCAGAAGGAUGUAGUUGUUCCCAAGAAGAGUGGAGAGCCUUUGGGUGUUGUAGUGGUGGAAUCCGGCUGGGGAUCGAUGCUUCCAACUGUGGUACUGGCACACAUGAAUCCAGCUGGUCCUGCAGCUCGUUCAAAUCUGCUCAACAUUGGAGAUCAGAUAAUCAAUAUUAAUGGCAUAUCGCUCGUCGGGCUUCCAUUGUCGGCUGCACAAGCAAAUAUUAAGAAUGUGAAGACUGCUACUGCUGUACGAUUGACGGUAGUCUCAACUCCUCCAGUUGUUGAAGUGAGGAUACGGCGGCCUGACACAAAAUAUCAGUUAGGAUUUUCGGUGCAAAAUGGUGUCAUUUGUUCAUUGCUUCGAGGUGGUAUCGCGGAACGAGGAGGGAUCCGUGUUGGUCAUCGAAUCAUCGAGAUCAAUAAUCAGUCGGUGGUGGCAGUGGCCCACGAUAAGAUAGUGAAUAUGUUGGCGACGGCGAUAGGAGAAAUUCACAUGAAGACGAUGCCGACGAGCAUGUUCCGGCUGCUCACCGGACAGGACACUCCACAAUACAUCUAAACCCCACUGGAUCUCACCGAACUAACCGUGGACACUUGCGUGCCAUCGUAUAUCUCUUCUAAUCACGCUCCACUUAUCCCCGGCCCUAUGCAUUUCACUAUCGAGGUAAAACUCGUACCAAUCUGUCUUUGAACAGCCUUUCAUUCUGCUGCUUUUCGUUUACAGUGCUCCCAGUGCUCAUACUUAUCUAUCAAACGUCGUGCCAUCUUGCUAUCCUUGUUCUAUGCGCGGAUAGUUCGAUGAGGUGGUCCCUUUGCUCAGACUUGCCCUUUUGAAUCUUUGCUGUGAUAUUUGCUCCAUAGAUAUUUUUCCCUUUUGCAAUCAGCCUAGUCAUUAUUAUAAAGCACAUAAUAAUUAGAGACUAUCAUUCAAGCCAAAUUUUGCUUCACAGAAGCGCGCUAUUGUCUUUUUUUCGAACAAUUAUAGAGUAUGUUGUCGGGCCUAUUACUUGCGUUCUAAUAAUUAGCUGUUAUGUUGCCAUGUUGUUGUCUUCGUUUACAUACUUUCGUUUCUGUAAAUACAUUGAUGUUUAAGUGUUUAUCGACAAAGCAAUCUUAGGAAUGCGUUUAUUGAUUCAUAAUAUUAUGUGUUGGAAUAAUUAAAUAACAAGUGAAAGUCCAACUUUCUUCAAUAGGACGUCGUCACAUCACGCAUUCAUGAGG